AUGCGCGGCGGGGACCGUGACCAGGGCCGGGGGCCGCAGACGGCCUUCAGAAGGCCCGAGGCCUUGCCUCGGCCUGGCCUGCCUGGGCAAGCGGAUGGCAGUACGACUUCCCUCGCUGGCCACAUCUUCAAUGUCACCAGAGAUGUGCUGAUGAAGGGAAGGGAAAAGGUGGAUGAGGUACCUGACUCUGGGAGAAAGGAGGAUGAGGGAACAAAUAGCCUAGAGCCACACAAAAUCUGCAAACUGCAGAAUACCAUCAAGGAACUGGAGCAGAAGCGAAGCAAGGAAAUUGAGGAUCACCAACUUGAAAUGGCAGCACUGCAGAAUGUCCACCAGCAGAAGCUCGCAGACGUAAUUCGCAGGUGCCGCGAAAAAUUAAACGGCCAUGAGAAAAAGGUUGAAGAACUGCAAAAAAGUGAAAGAGAUGUUUUGAGGAGAGGACAGGACCAGACACACGAAGAAAAGAAAGACAAGAUCGAGGAGUGUGAACUGCAGCCUUCUGUUUCGAAGAGAAGUGAUGCAGGAGUCACGCAGGAGAGCGCUCUUUCAAAAAGUACACCAGUGGAAGAAGUGUUCGGACUGCAGGAAGCACUGUCCGAUGCUGAAAAGGAAACAAUGAGACUGUGUAGCGCAAACCAGGACAAUGAUCUCGCGGAAGACAAUCUGAAACUUCCAGAGCGAGUCCACAUUGUGGGGCAAGAGAAUUCAUCGUUAAGCCAAGGAAAGGAAGAACUUCAACCGCCGCUUUCUAAAGUGAACAAGGAGCAAGAAGCCACUGAACGCACAGCUCCAGGAGACAGCACCUCGCAUUCAGAAGUAAACCCGUCAAGAUGUGACCCGGAGGCCAACGAACAAAACUUCAAUCAGAGGACAACUGAGGAGGAAUCCCUGGUAGCAGCGUCAGGGGAACCGUAUAGACAGAAUGGGACCACACUGCCCAGGGCUUCGAUGGAAGGCCAGCUACCGCAACAAGAAAAUGAAGGCAGUGGCAUCACCAUUAAACUAAGACAAGAGGUCAAUGAGGAAGAAAAGAGAGCUUGUCAACUUGAGGAUGAGACGAACGCGACUACAGAGUUAGAUGUGCAGAAACAAAGGUCAAUUCACAGUGGAUUGGCUGCUAAUGAUUUGCAUCGGCCAGAUCAGUCAGAAAUAUGUCACUUCAACAUCCAGGGGAGCUUUGAACCUCAGGAACAUAGCAAACAAAACGAGAAGGCCCUCUGUAGUGCCACAGAGGAGCUAAUGGAGUCUCUCAAGCAAGAGUCUCCCAGUCAUUCGGAAGAUGACUUAGAUAAAGAAAGGGAAACUGAGCUUAGAAGGCUGGAACAAAAGGUUUCCGAAAUGGAGCGGCUGAAUGACAAUUUAAACAAACACAGCACGGAUCUCAGAGAGGAGAACCAGAAGUUGGUUUUGGCGCUCAAAGAUACAAGACAUCAGCAAUCUAUUCUCCGUAGCAAUGAGGAUUCUCUGGGAAAAAACACCGCUCUGAGGGCUUUAAAAAUAGAUAAAGGACACUUAAUAGCCACAUUGUGUCAGGCUGAAAAGAAGCUUUUGGAAGCAACAAACAAGUACGAUCAGACCAUCAAAGAGUUGUCAAGCACACAUAACCCGGAUCAUUCGGCCUCACCUCUGGAGCAUGCCCACUUCAUUCAAGUGAGUCAAGAGAAGGACGUCGAAAUAUUACACCUCAACAAGAGUCUCGAGCAAAUGGAUGCCGACCAUCAAGAAACCCAGGAAAUUCUGGCCUAUGUUUUGGAGGUACAGAAGCAAUUGACACAAGUAGUGAAGGAGAAAGAUAUUUGUAUUGACAGUCUUAAGGGAAGUCCAGAGCUUCCAGAGGACCUGGAAAAGUAUACCCAAGCCUUAAAAAGAAAUGAAAUUUUACAGCAAACCGUGGAGGAAAAAGACACAUCCCUCACAUGCAUGAUCAAAGAAAAUACUCACCUGAAAGAAGAACUAGAGCGACUAAAACGUCAGAGUCAGGCUUUACCUAAACUCCUAGAUGAUAUCGUGGAACUAGAGUGUGAGGUGUUGCAGCUGAAUGAAUUAAGAGUUGACCUCGAAGACGAAAUAAAACAACAACAGAAGAUCAUUAACGAUCAACAGCAGGGUAAGAUACGGCUGCUUCAUUCCUUAGAAGAGCAGACACGGGAAGUGGACGAUCUUAAAGGCCAGCAGGAGCAGAUGACCAGUGAGCAUGCCCGGCUCCUUUCCACCAAAGACGAGGAGAUUCAGAAUUUGCAAGACACAGUAGAACGCAUUAAAGCCCAGUUGGCCGACCCAGGCCAGCACGCUGCAACACAACCUUCUGACGUUGUCCAAGUCACAACAAGGCAGCAUCUUAGUAUAGAAAACCAAAGUGAAAAGCACGAUUUCUUCAAAGCCGAAACGGAAAGAUUAGCACAAGGAGUAAAAGACCAAGAACUGGAAGUGAAGCUUCUAGCUGAAAAGAACAUCCGGCUGACUGAACAGAUUGAUCCGCCGUCCCAAGAUGAGAUCGGGAAACUAACUCAGAUUAUCGAGCAAAAAGAUGCAGAGAUUCAGGGUCUUCGGAGCAGAAUAUCUGCGGCUUCUCACGGCCAGCACGUAGAACAGCUUCAGCAGCAGUUGCAAGAGUCUGCUUUGCAAAGCCAACGAGUACUGGCUGUCUUAGAGGACAAAACGAGAGAGAAUAGCAAUCUGAAGAGAGAGUAUCACAAAGUGAUAGAUAUAAUUGCGUCUAGAGAAACAGACCUCAGGAAAAUGCAAGAGGAAAAUAAAAAGCUGGCCACUCGAACUGAAAAUCGCGAUCAGGAUGUGUUUAGAGAAACGAUUCAGCAUUUAUCCCACAUUAUUCGAGAGAGAGACCUCGAAGUCGACGCCUUAAAACAGAAGUGUCAGACUUUAUUGACAAUUCUGCAAACAUCCAGCACUGCUAAUGAGGUUCGAGGUGUUCCCAUGGAUCGGUUCAAGGAGCUUCUCGAGGAACGAGACACAUUCAGGCAGCGAGUGAAGAUAAUGGAAGAGUGGAGGCAGCAGGUGACGGCCACAGUACAAAAUAUGAAGCGUGAGUCACCCCGGCUUCAGGAGCUUCUUCGACAACAGCAGGUGCGGGCUUUAACCAACAUCAACGGGGACUCUGAGCUAGAGACGACCUAUACGGACGUGAUCAGAGAUUACAGAGGGAAUGAGAACAAGCUAAGGAAUCUGGAGAAGGAACUGGCACAAAUUCAGCUCAGCAUCGGGGAGCUUUGCAACGCCCAGGAUCACCUCCUGGGGAAGCCUGACGUGAGUUGCCUCCAGCCCUCCACCGAGUCCUCAGAGUCGGAGGAACCUCUGAAGGCCUUUAAAUCGGACUCAGCGACGGAGUCUCCUCCGUGGCUCCAAGAGGAGGUGGAAGAGCUGAGAAAGUCAGUGCAAGACCGAGAGACCACGAUUCGAACCCUGCAGGAAGAUAACCAGAGAUUGAUGGAUUGCGCUGCUGCCACGUCAGAACUCGAACGCAAAGCACACGAACGCGCUGAUUCCGAAAUCCAGCAGCUAAGGGAGAAGGAGGAGGUUCUACAGAACUUAAUCCAGGCUAAAGAGCUCCUGAUCCAGGCGAAAAGCGAGGAGUUGCAUUCCUUAAUGGAGGACUUCACUGGCCAAGUGAGUGAAAAUGAGCUUUUGAGGCAGGCGGUGAGAAACCUGAAGGAGAGGAUAGCCGAUCUUGAGAUGGACGUGUGUCAACUGAAAGAGGAAAAGGAAAAAACAGCGGAGUCAUCUAGGGAAAAGGAAGCAGAAAGGCAGGCAUUGCAAGAGACCAAUAUGAGGCUUUCGAGGAUGUGGCAAGAGGAGGAAUCCCGCCACGCUGCGAUCAAAGAGAAGGCACUUGCUUUGGAGCAACUACUGAAAGAGCGAGAAGAGGGCGAGGCCGGGGAACCGAAUCAGCUUAUAGAUGCAGUUACGUCGGCACAGGAAAAGGCGGUCGUGUUUCAGCAGGAGAGGGACGGAGUCCUGUUGGCGCUGAAACGCAAACAGAUGGAAAACGGUGCCCUCCAGGAUGAGCUUCAGCAGCUGCGUGACAAGGAAUUACACCUAAACCAGGAGCUGGAGAGAACGCGUCGCCGCGCUGUAGAAUCGGAGGACACUCGUCAGCGUGAGUCUCUGCUGGCAGAAGACAAAGUGGCUAAGCUACGGAAAGAAGUCGCGGCGUUGGAGGAAAAGCUGGUGGUGUCCUGCAAUGCCACGGCAAGUGCAACCCACCAGGCCAGAAUGCAGGUGGAGUCCCUGCGGGAGCAGCUGCACGUUAUCACCCGACAGAAAGAGGAAACCGCGGCGCAGCUUUCUGCCUCGCAGGAACAAGGAAAGCAGUAUGCUCAAACACUAGCCAGUCUCAAGUCGGAGGUGGCCGAGUGGAUGGACAAGACAGAUACUCUAGAAGGAAAACUGAAGUCCUUACAGGCACGACUAACUAAAACAAACACCGUCUUGGACCUGAAGGAAGACGAACUGGAGGAACUCCGAAAACGAAACGAGGUCCAGCAGGAAGUACUGGAUGAUACGCAGAAGAAACUGAUGAACCUCAGGGAUCGCCGCGAAGCACUGCAGUUGAUGAGCGGCACCCUAGGGAUCAAGGAGGAAGACGUGCGGCAGCUUUGCAGUGAAGAGCAAGCAUCCUCGUCAGCCGGCAUGAGAUGGCAAGAUGGGUCCCAGCAGCUCCAAGAGAUGGUCUCUGAGGUACAAAGGCACCACUGCCCCACGAACGGCAAAGACGCCCCACCGAACAACCACAGGGCUCCGUGCAGAGAACAGGAGCCGAGCCUGGACGUGGCGGAGCUAUAG